ACCAUGGAAAUGAAACGUCAUUUGAGUUCACAAAUAUCAAACCGACGAGACACAUAAUAAAGUUAAGCAGGCUUUAUUUUAAAUAAUUUGAGAUAUGUGCUUUGUAUGUAAAUUAAUAUUACAUGUAUUAUACUAUAAAUGAAAAACUUAAUUGAUAUGUAAUUCGAUAAUUCAGCGAUACACACAAGUUCGUGAAAAUAAAAGUUAUUAAAUACUAUAAUCAUGCACGGUUUAAGAGCGGAUCACAAAUCCCUUGGAGGACUUGGUACAAGCCGUUGGCUAGAAGCGCUUUGGGAACCAAGCGCUGGUUUAUUUAUCUUGCCAGGUGGACUUGACAUGUUGGACAUUAGCGGUGACGGAGAUGCUAGACUCAUCUGUGCUGAUCUGGGACCAGUUGGAAGCGAUUUAACAAAGAUACGAGUGUAUAAAGCAGGAGAUCAAAUAAGCGAACAUAACAUGAUAGAUCCUCCUUGCGGUGUAGUUGGCUUUUAUACAGAAAACGGAGAACCUCGGUCAUCCGUAGUGGCUGUAGGUGCUGGCGACAGUGUGUAUAUUUUCAAAAACAUGAGACCGUAUUUCAAGUACUGUCUGCCCCACAUUGAGGCACACCCAAAAGAACGAGAAAUUUGGCAUAGAUGUGGUUUGGAUGAAGAGUUAAACGUGUUGACGCUCGCGGAUGAUCUAGAACUCUUACUGAAAGAACUCGGCGCGACAGUUCUCUCUUCCCGUACGUUAAAAUUUCUCUCAAUGGACAGCAACUUGCGAUUGAGUUUCGCGGAACAAUAUAGGAGAGUGCCGCUCGUGAAAGCGAAUGCUCUAACAGCGAUUGCGACCAUUCGGAGAGACUCCUGGAAUGAUCCUGCUAGCAGUUGUCUUAUAUUAGGAACCGAGGGCGGUGAAAUUCUCGUUCUUGAUCCCAGGGCUUUUUCAGUUAUGGACAAACAUCAACUGGAGUGGCCACCCGUGGCGUUUGCCAGUUACGGUUUGUGGACGGGUGAUGGUCGCAUAAUGGUCAUUGGAAGAGAUGGAAGAAUAGGAACGAUUAGGAGAGGAAGCCCUGUGAAACUUUGGGAAACGUUGCCCGCACCAGCGGUGGCUAUAUCCGUUCUCUCUUCUGAAGGAGCAGCAGUAGCCAUUAUGGACGGUACUCUAAUGGGAUUUUCAAAAAGGGGUACAAAAUUGUGGUAUAUCAAUAUUCCUGGCGUAAUAUUGGAUCUAGUGAGCUUACCAGUACCGCAAAACGGUUUAUCCUUGUUAGCUGUAAGCACAGCGGGUUAUGGAGUCCGUAUUUAUGAUGGAAAGCAUCAUGUGGAUACAGUGAAGAUUAUGGAACCUGUAUCUGCUCUUAAGUAUGGACGAAUGGGACAAGAGGAACGAACAAUAGCUAUGGUCACUGUCGGUGGUGGUUUAUGCAUGAAAAUCCUUAAACGGACCGCUGACUUUAAUGUAAAUAAUCCGAUGUCGAACUCUUCUUCAUACAAUACGCCAAAGUUCUCGAUACCCAAGAAAACACGAUUAUUCGUCGAUCAAACGAUAAGGGAGAGGGCAGAGGCGAAGAAAAUUCACAAUACAUUUCAGCAGGGCUUUCUUCGUUUACGCUUACAAAUAGCCAGACAAGCGUCCGAACGUUUAACCGAGAACCAAGUAUCAGGACCAAAUCCCAUUACCUUGGAAGCAAAUGUUCUUGGUUUGGGUCCCAAUUACAUGAUUCGCGUUCUAGUGACAAAUAUCUCCGAUGGUUCACCUCACACGGAAUUGUACAUUCUCUGCAGACCAGAGGACACCGAUGUAAAUCCUCGUACGAUAGAUUUACCUUUGUUGCCGAGUGCUAUACCGAUACCGUUAAUGAUCAGCGCAAGCUUAAAGAAUCAGAUCUCGGGAAAAGUUAAGAUAUUACUUUGCAAGAAAUCAAAUCCAAAACCCUUGGCAAUAACGACCGUAAUAUUACCAGCCGCUGAAGAAGAAUUUGAAGUCUAAAAGAUCUAAACCACUUAGAUCAUAUCCAUUGAUUUCCUUCAGUUCCCUUUCAACAUUGUCGAGAUCUAAGAUAUAUUGUAUUACAUAAUCAAAAAAUUUUAUUUAAUUAGAUUUAGUAAAAAAGAAUUUUAAAAAGUUAUAAACAUAAUUUCAAAAAUAAUUUUAAUCACAUAGCGAUUAAUUCAUUUAUGUAUUUAAACGUGAAAUAUGUAGAUACAUAGUAGUUUUUAG